UUCGCUCGACAGUUUCAAGGGGAAAUGUCAAACUGGUGGCAGCAGAAGUGAGAAAUGCGACCGAAUCAAACAGACGCAUUAAAUGGAAAUUUUGUCAAUGAUUUUUCAAUGAAUUGCUGCUAGGAAAAUAUUUCAUCAGUAGUUUAAUAAAGGGAAACGAAAAGUUUUCAUCUGUGGCAAGUGUUGAGCAGUGGUUUAUCUCGGUAUAGAAGCAGUAAACUCCCAAAAACAAGGCAGACAAAAUGGCGAUGUCCAAAACGACUAACACGUACAAUCGACAGAACUGGGAGGAUUCGGAGUUCCCUAUUCUGUGCCAAACGUGUCUUGGUGACAAUCCGUACGUUCGAAUGAUUAAAGAACGCUACGGUAAAGAGUGUAAAAUCUGCACCCGACCGUUCACCAUCUUCCGCUGGUGCCCGGGAGCGCGGAUGCGCUUCAAAAAGACGGAAAUUUGCCAAACUUGCAGCAAGUUAAAAAACGUCUGCCAAACGUGUCUGCUGGAUCUGGAGUACGGUUUGCCGACGCAGGUUCGUGAUGCGGCUCUCAAAAUACAGGACCGCAUUCCGGAGAGUGACGUUAACAAGGAGUACUACAUUCAGACCAUUGAAGGCCAGCUAAAGGCGGCUGGAGAUUCGACGGUGGCCGCGGGAACAGUUGGCAAAUCGCUGGCGGCGAGUGAUAUUCUGGCGAAGUUGGCCCGGACGGCUCCCUACUACAAGCGAAAUUUGCCGCAUAUUUGUUCAUUUUGGGUGAAAGGUGAAUGCAAGCGAGGCGAGGAGUGUCCUUAUCGGCAUGACAAACCCGUCGAACCGGAUGAUCCUCUGUCGGAGCAGAAUAUUCGAGAUCGAUAUUACGGUCGUAAUGAUCCGGUAGCGGAUAAACUUAUGAAGAGAGCUGCAUCCAUUCCGAAGCUGGAACCACCAGAAGAUAAAACGAUCACCACGUUAUAUGUGGGUAAUUUAGGGGAACAUCUAACGGAAGUUGACAUUCGAGAUAACUUCUAUCACUACGGAGAAAUUCGGUCCGUUUCCCUGGUGCCAAGGCAACAGUGUGCCUUCGUGCAGUACACCAAAAGAGCUGCGGCUGAGUUGGCUGCAGAAAAAACCUUCAACAAACUAAUCCUCGGCGGCAAGAAGCUCACCAUUAAAUGGGCACACUCACAAGCCAAAUCUACUGCCUACGCGCAAAGCUCUGUUCCGCGAGGCAACCGUAUAUUCGAUCCGGUUCCGGGGCUGCCCGGACAGUUGCCGAUGCCACCGAACCCGAACGACUAUUUCAACCUUCAAGCAUCGGAAAUGGCUGUCCUGCCAGCGGGUAUGAAAAUUCAUCAGCUUCCGCCGGGACUGAUUCCUGGUGCCCCCACCGGGGGCUACUCGCAAAUGUACUCCCAACCAACGCCGGGUGCGGGACCGAGUGGGACAGGACCGACCAGUCACGUGAUGGUACCACCGGCCAUGACCAAUCCCGGCAUGCAAGCGAUGCAUUACCCGAGUCAAGAUCCGGCCCGGCUAGGUGCUCUCAAGAAGUAGAACGUGAUUAGGGAAUUGAUGGUUAAUACAUUAUGCUUCUUUAAGAUUCA